AUGGGUAAUGUCGGCAGCACACAACAUCUUAAUUUAGAAGAUGUUAAUAACGAAAUACAGACGUAUUAUAAGCAACAACAGCUGCGUCAUUCUUCUAAGCGUCAGCAGUCUCCUAUCCUGCGACAUAGUAAUUUUAAUUCUAACAGCAAAGCAAUGCAUUGGACACGUUCAUUGCCACAUAUGAUUAAUAAUGGCGGAGUAGAUGCAGUGACACUUGAUCGUGAUAUCGCGGUGUCAGUGCCAAGGACUACGCUGCCGAAUUGUAAAGUAUUACCGCAUGUGAAGGAAUCUUAUAAACUCCGCCCAACAACAAAUGGGGUUAUACUCUCUUCAGGUGGUACGAUCAGUGGGAAACGCGAACAGCUUCACAAAAAAAUUACAACGGGAGCCAUAUCCCAAUUGUCACAGCCACGUGGCUUCAACGCGCGUUCACAGACAUUUAUAUAUGACGACUCAAAGAAUGCCAGUUGGAAGUACACACAAGCAACUCAACUUAAUUUUGAGCAAAGUUUUGACCUUCAGAAUUGUCGACAAUCAUUUCCAGCUUUCAGACGUUCACAAACAAACCUUGGGCUUAAUAUUAAAAGUGAUCGAAAUCAGGCUACUAAAAGUCUUUGCAGAAAAAUGGUUUUCGCUUCUACCAAGACCAAGGUAGCUGAAGAAGAAUUAAAAAAUAUAAAAACAGGCCAAAGACAAGUAGAAGACAAGGAUCAAGUUCCUAGCACGCAAAGUAAGUACAAUAAGAAAAGAAAAGCUCCUCCUGCACCUUCUUUAUCGGCUAUGCCAGUUCCCAAAAGCGCAACAUCUGCAACAAGUUCUCCAAAUACCGAUAAUAAUUACUUCACUGGGACUAUAACCAAUAAUUCUUAUUCAAGAGUGAUUAAAGCAACGGCGGUUUUCGAUAGUCUUUUAGAUAACAAAACGUUAAUGGGGGAUCUUCCAACAAGGUAUAGGCUUUUUCGUUCAAAUGUGAGAAUAUCUCCAUCUAAGCUAGCUGGAAAGAACUUACGUGAGCCCCAACAGCAAACUCAAAAUCAACUCAUGGAUGCAGAAACAGAUUUUACUUCGCUAUCAAUUGCUCCUACAAAAGAUGCAACGAAGGAAAUUUCCAACCAUUUGCGCAGGGAAAAGAGUUCAUCCGCUAUUUUAGUACGACAAAAGAACACACAACAUGACAUAAAUAAUGAACCGUUAAUAACAGAAAACGUUUAUUCAAAAUCCUCCUCACUAAGCCAAUUAAAGAGCAUAGAUAGCAAACGUAAAAAUGGGCAGCAAAAGUAUUCCUCCUCCAAAAUUCCUCAAUUGAAUCGAACUCUUUAUUUCGGCAUGUCUUCCAGAUCUAUACAGGCAUUGGCAACGGCGAAGGUAGUUGAAACUACUCGUCAAAAAGAUUAUUUAAUAAAUGGGAAAAAUUUAGCAAUGUAUGAAAAUUCCGAAAAUAUAGACACUACUACAGCAGCCAUUAAAGCCACCACUGGCGACUUAGUCAGUGACUAUAAGACACAUGCAACCAGCGACGUGAAACCUAUUGUAGAUAAUGGUCUAUUAAUUCAAGUUCGUCCAACUUUACCGCGUAGACAACUUAAUACACCGAACUUUAGCCCCGUGGUCGCAUGGCAAAUGUUAGUACAUCAACAACAUCACCAUAAGCUACAAGAGUUUAAGCACACUUGUGGAGAAAAAAUUAGGAAACAAAAUAAAUGUGAGGAUAAUACUAACAAAAACGAAAUCUCAGCAAAGUCUUCCUUGUUACCUUACCUUACUAGAAAUGAAAAUGGGUUUCAAUGCAUUCGUGGAGCUGCUAAGAUAUCAACAGAAGCGCCAAUAAAAUUAACAUCUAAUUUAAAUAAGAUAGCACUUAUUAAUACUUGGACAUCACAACAAGAUUUGGGCUGUGAGGAUGAUGAUUACGAUGAAGAUGAAGUUGAUUUAUCUAAAAAGCAAUUUUCCGAAAGUGCAGUACCAAAUCAUAUCGCAAGGCAAGAAAACUCCUCUAGUUGUGCCCAGGUAAAUAGAAACAGUACUGAGGUAGGUAAGCUGAGAUCGCCGGAAGUUAGUCGUCCUAAAGCAGUUGGAAAAGCAAUUAGUCCAGCGAAUAUGGAUGUUUUUAGUCUAACGCUUCCGCGAGAUGUACAUAAGAAAGCCCAACGCAAGAUUUUACAGUCGAUCAACACUUUAUCUACUUUGCCAAAAGAGACGACACGUAGUGCAGAUAGUACAGCAGAUUCGCCCUAUAAACCGAUUUCCAAGUGUUGUUGUUUACACGCUGAAAUGAAAAUUCAGCAACGUCUGCCUUUAGCGCUUGAUGAUAUAUUACCGCAUGAAAACAAUUUUUUACAUUCCGGCAACGGGAUUGUUAUUAGUGCUUCUCAGCCUCUGAGUAACCUUACUGACAAUUGGGUACUGCAUAAAGUGAAAUAUGGCGAGGGUGAAGCUUUAAAUACUUGUCAAAUUUCAUCUGAUGGGCGGUAUAGAAAAUGGAAUUCUACGGCUUCGGUGGAGCCCAUAUCUUUAUCAUAUUUGACAGCUGGAAAACAUGUAAUGUAUCUACCUGGCGAAGAACCAAAUGCCAACACCACUCGUAAUGGAGUAUCAUGUAGAACCACUAUGCGGAUAGAUGAACAGAACCAGUACAAACAACAGCAACGUCGCCAGGAAAUAGUAUGCCAAAGAUUGCGUGAUGAACUAACGAAUCCGGGUAAUUAUACUCUAACAGCCUCACGUAUACCUGUAAAAGCUGCUUCUGGCAUCGAAAGGCCGCAACAAUUCACGUUUCAAAGUACUAUACGUCUAUUAGAAAAAAAAAAUUUGGCUGAACGACUUGCAAAUGAUAUUAAACUUAGGGAUGCCCAGCGGAAAAGAGAAUUGGAAGCGAUGAAGUGUGUUGAAGACGAUUAUCAUCGCAAACGCGUCAUCGAAAAAGCCAGUAUUCGAUACCAGUUACAGUUAAAUGUUGACGGGAAUUUAUCUCCUGAAGUCCCAAAUGGGUUGCAAUAUGAUCGCAACAACAACAUUGCAUGUCGGGCUAAUCCGAAUGGUGCUGUAUCGAACACGCCCUCUCGGUGUACUAAUGCUCGCAUCAGAGAAAGUACGCUGAACUAUUCCGAUUGUGGUGAUGAAAGUAAUACUGAAGUAGCUGAAUUAUCCAACUUUCAACAUCCGGAGACUUUGUUAGAACCAUAUCUCCAAUCAAUAAUAAACUGAUAUACAUUCUAGGUUUAAAGUAAUUUUAAUAUGAAACUGAUAUACAUUCUAGAUUUAAAGUAAUU